AACGGGCAAUUCGCCAAACCCAUCCAAAACAGAAACACAACCCGAGGAAAAGCGGAACACGCGAGCGGCGAGGAGGAAGAAGACCGCGUCUCCGAGAGAGAGAUAGAGCCCUCGCGAGUCGCGAUGUCCUGCACGGUCGCCAUCCCGAGCUCGCCGGUGUUCUCGCCGUCGCGCCGCCCGCUCUCCUGCAAGGCCGCGUCCGCGUCCGCCUCGCCGGAGUCCGUAUCCGUCGCCGCGUCCUCGCCGGCGCAGGCCGCGCCCCCCGCCGGGUCGCCGCUCCGCCCCUUCGCGCUGCGCGCCCACCUGCGCGAGGAGGCCACGCCGUCGCCCCAGCCGUCGGCCGCCGCGGCUGCGGCGGUCUCCGCCCCUGCGGGGUCCGUGCUUAAGAGGCGGCGCCCGGCCCCUCUCGUGGUUCCGGUGUGCGGCGGGGCGGCCGCUGCCGCCGCCGCCGCGGCGGUGGCCGCGGUGGAAUCGGAUCCGAGGAACGAGGUGGAGGAGGACGGCGAGGAGUUCGCGGUGUACUGCCGGAGGGGAAAGGGGAGGAGAAGGGUGGAGAUGGAGGACCGGCAUGUGGCCAAGGUCGCCCUCGGCGGAGACCCCAAAGUGGCCUUUUUUGGUGUAUUCGAUGGCCACGGCGGGAAGAGCGCGGCGGAGUUCGUCGCCGAGAACAUGCCCAAGUUCAUGGCCGAGGAGAUGUGCAAGGUGGACGGCGGCGACAGUGGCGAGACUGAACAGGCAGUGAAGCGGUGCUACCUGAAGACGGACGAGGAAUUCCUCAAGAGGGAGGAGAGCGGGGGCGCCUGCUGCGUCACCGCUUUGCUGCAGAAAGGUGGCCUCGUUGUGUCUAAUGCCGGAGAUUGCCGUGCCGUGCUCAGCCGCGCCGGGAAGGCAGAGGCGCUCACCUCUGAUCACCGGGCCUCGCGCGAGGAUGAGAGGGAAAGAAUUGAGAAUCUGGGUGGAUUCGUGGUGAAUUACCGAGGAACAUGGCGAGUUCAGGGAUCCUUAGCAGUGUCAAGAGGCAUCGGUGAUGCACACCUCAAGCAGUGGGUGGUGUCUGAUCCAGACACCACAACUCUGGGUGUUGAUUCGCAGUGCGAAUUCUUGAUUCUUGCCUCUGAUGGUUUGUGGGACAAGGUGGAGAACCAGGAGGCAGUUGACAUUGCCAGGCCGCUUUACAUCAGCAACGACAAAGCUUCUCGCAUGACUGCUUGCAGGAGGCUCGUCGAAACUGCGGUUACUAGGGGCUCGACUGACGAUAUCAGCAUUGUGAUCAUACAGCUGCAGCAAUUCUCAAGAUAAUUUUAACUUGUCGUUGGAGGGAGAGACUGAACUCACACUCCAGCUUAUUAGCACAGCGGUGGUAAAAUGUGUGGAAGAGCAGGGUAUUCAGAUAGCAUAAUUUUAACUUGUUGAAGGGAGACUGAACUCGCUCCAGCUUAGCGCACUAACAGAGCGGUGGUAAAGAAGUGUGGAAGAGGAGGGUAUUCAGAUAGUAUGUCACUUGGCAAGCAAAAUUUUAGGAGCUUGCACUAUUUUGCUGGGGUUCCAACAUUCAAUUCUUUUUAUUCAUAGCACCAUUCUUUCUGUAAACUGAUUCAAUUCAUUCUUUGAUUCUAAUGUAAUAAGGCGAGUUACUACUCACCUCAUACUGUAAGGCUACUAUUUGCCUCUGUACAUGGUUAGUUGGUAUGGAUAGUUUCUCUGAGAUUUUAAUUGAUUCAAUACACAGCAGCUUAAGAUAUCCUUUAAUA